UGAAACAUAGUGCUUGGUGUUUUGACUUUAAUUGUUUUUGCGGAUGGAAAAGAAAUAUGCAGACUGCUCCAUAUUUGUCCACAUAACAUGAAUUACUCAGUCUUGAUUAUGAUUCCUUCAUUGUAUUCAUUUUAAGUCUCAGUACUAGUCAAACAGUUUGAGGUAGUCCCGUGUGUUAGUGGAGAAAAAGGAGCACCUCGGUAUAUGAAGAUUAGCGACCCAGCAUACAACUGUUGCUCUAAUCCGCUCUGAGAGGAUAGGCUUAGCACAACUACAAGACAAGAUCGACACUGACAUAUUGUUUUAUUUUAUUUUUUCCAUACUUUUUGUUUCUAUUUUUAUUUUCUAUUUUGAGAUUGUUUUAAAGAAAGAAUCCUGAAGACCUCGGUGUAUUCAUGCGGUAAUUAACAUGUUUUCUAGCUAACUAUCCAGAGUGAAAACUACCUCGCUGCUGUUUAUCUCCUACACUGACCACUAACCUACAGUCAUUUGAAAUCUUAAGUCUCAUAUCACAUUGAACUGACGAUGAAGGACCGACUGGAACAACUAAAAGCGAAGUCGGAUCAAACUCCUGAUGAUGUGGAAAUUCCGGUGGAAAAUAAAGAAUUUAUGGAUGAGUUCUUCGCUCAGAUUGAAGAAAUCCGCACCAGUAUUGACAAGAUUGAUGAAAAUGUAGGCGAGAUAAAGCGGCUGUAUUCUGUCAUUCUCUCUGCACCUACAUCAGAACAGAAGACACAGGAUGAAUUGGAAGCAGUUACUAAUGAGAUAAAGAAACUGGCCAACAAUGCUCGUAACAAACUGAAAAGCAUUGAGCAGAGUUUGGCAUCUAACACUGAAGAGAGGGUUUCAGCAGAUAUCCGGAUAAAGAAAUCUCAGCAUGCUAUUCUUGCUAAGAGAUUUGUAGAAGUGAUGACCAAAUACAAUGAAGCCCAAUUGGAGUUUAGAGAGAAGAGCAAAGGGCGCAUCCAAAGACAGCUGGAGAUCACUGGCAAAGCCACAACUGAUGAAGAGCUGGAGGAAAUGCUGGAUGGCGGAAACGCUGCAGUAUUCACAGCAGGAAUUAUGGACUCUGGGAUAUCAAAACAGGCACUAAGUGAGAUUGAGGCACGACACAAAGAUAUUAUGCGACUGGAGAGCAGCAUAAAAGAGUUGCACGACAUGUUUGUGGACAUUGCAGUACUGGUGGAAAAUCAGGGAAGCAUGAUUGACAGGAUUGAAAGCAACAUGGACCAGUCUGUGGGUUUUGUUGAAAGAGCCGUGGCUGACACUAAAAAGGCUGCAAAGUUCCAACAAGAAGCACGCAGGAAGCAAAUGAUGAUCAUGAUAUGUUGCACAAUUCUUGCGGUCAUCUGUGGUUCUCUGCUGUAUAGCUGGCUGACAUAAACUUCAAAGCAAAGAGGUUGUCUACUUUUUCAUGUCGUGUCUCUAUCAAGAAUCAAGAUAAGAAAACAUCCGUACACACACAACAUGUUUUCCAGUGCUUGUUCAUCUAAUUUUCCCAUCUUGUUUUUUGUCUUUUA